CCUCAGGUGCAUGUCAAGUGAGCUGUAGGGCUGUCAGCUGCCAGUCGUCUCAGGCGCCCGGGGCCAUGGCCGCGCCCGGCCCCGCCUUCCUGUUGCCAGCGACCGCCGCUGCCCGCGCCGCCGCUGCCGGGUUCUUGUGGCAUGCAUCAUGCUCCUGCAACAUGACUGCCGGGGCUUUCAGGAGCACUGCUGCAGCCCCGCUCAGCGCCCGCCCGCCGGCGACGGCUGCUACUGCCGAACCAACCCAACCCCGGACGCACCUCGCGCUGGCCACGCCCUGUCCGCGCCACCGGCCCCUGCAGCCACUGCCACUGCAGUUGCAAGCCUUCCACGACAGCAGCUGUCAGCCGUCGCACAAAGCAUCGAGCGACCGCGCCUUUGCCACAAGCACGCGUGCGUCAGCCGGCGGCAGCAGCAGCAGCAGCUCGGCGCAAGGCGACACCACUCCGCGGCCGCGCCGCCCAAACAUGGACACCACGGGCGGCUACAUCGCCACCAGCCAGCUGGACGACAGCGGCAGGCGGGUGGACAAGCCCAAGGAGGAGCUCCAGGCUGCCAAGGACGCUCUUCUGGAGCGGCAGGCGGCGGAGGGCAAGAUGCCUGGAGCCAUGCUGCUGCAGGACCGGCGCAGUGGUGUCAAUGCCCAGGAGACGUGGGGCAAUGUGUCGGCGGAGCAAUACGACCAGGGGGCGGCACAGACCUCCUUCGUCUCCGCCGACCAGGACGCGACCGGCGCCAGCGCUGGCGCCACCUCACAGUCCCGCACCUCCAACAUCACUGCUACCACCACCGCUGGUGGCGGCACCGCCGCCUCUGACGGCGAUGCGGUACGGCAGUCGGGCGGCGGCGGUGCGCCCGAGGGCGGCGGCCGGGCGGGUGAGGGUGCAGUGCGGCAGGGCGGUAGUGGCGGCAGCAGUGGUGGUGGGGAUGUGGCGAUCGGCAGUGGUCCUUCCAGCGGCGCGUGAUGUUGGCGAGACAUGUGUUUGAUGAGCUUGGUACCGGUGCGCACGUGCGGACUGCGCACCGCCGGGGUGCGUGUGUUGCGUGUUGACACAGCGGUCCGUGCUCUGCGCAAGACCAUGUGUGUGCUGCAGCGUGUGUGUGCAGAGUCUGGAGGACAGGCUGAUGCUGUCCUCCCCAGCCGUCCGGCCUAGGUCCGUUGAUGUGAGGAGCUCGAUAGGUUGAUCCUGUCUCAGCGCUAGCCCUCUUACACCGUCCUGAGUGGUCGCCUGUCCUAGGCGCAAACUCAACACAUUGCUUCGGCGUGUGCACACCCAUGGGGACGCCGCGUUGGCGAGAGCCACGGAUGGCCCUAGUAGGCUAGUACCGUGGAGAGGAGGGCACUGUACCAUCGAUGGCCAAGCUAGAAGGGUGAGUUGCGCGGCUGUUGUGCUUAGGAGAGCUCCUGGUC